AUGCUGUGUUUCCUCCGAGGCAUGGCCUUCGUCCCCUUCCUCCUGGUGACCUGGUCGUCGGCCGCGUUCAUCAUCUCCUACGUGGUGGCCGUGCUCUCGGGGCACGUGAACCCCUUCCUCCCCUACAUCAGCGAUACAGGAACAACGCCACCAGAAAGUGGUAUUUUUGGAUUUAUGAUAAACUUCUCUGCAUUUCUUGGUGCAGCCACAAUGUAUACAAGAUACAAAAUAGUAGAGAAGCAAAAUCAAACCAGCUAUUUCAGCACUCCUGUUUUUAACCUGGUGUCAUUAGUCCUUGGACUGGUGGGAUGUAUCGGAAUGGGCAUAGUCGCCAAUUUUCAGGAGCUCGCUGUCCCUGUGGUCCACGAUGGAGGCGCCCUUUUGGCAUUUGUCUGCGGUGUCCUGUACACGCUCCUGCAAUCCAUCAUCUCCUACAAGUCCUGUCCCCAGUGGAACAGUCUUGUCACGUGCCACACGCGGAUGGCCAUCUCCGCUGUCUCCUGUGCUGCUGUCAUUCCCAUGAUUGCCUGCGCAUCGCUCAUUUCUAUAACCAAGCUGGAGUGGAAUCCGAAAGAAAAGGAUUACAUUUAUCACGUCGUGAGUGCCAUCUGUGAGUGGACGGUGGCCUUUGGGUUUAUUUUCUACUUCCUAACAUUCGUCCAAGAUUUCCAGAGUGUCACUCUAAGGAUAUCCACAGAACUUAACGAUGACUUUUGAAGAAACCAGAGUGACAGCUCAGUGAAAGUCAUAAACAGCUCUCAGCCUGGCCCAGCGGACAGCCAGCCUUUCCGGCUGUCCUGAUCAGGAUGCCUCUGCUGGCUCUCCAGGACUUGCAUCUCAUUAGAAUUCCCACUAGGUAUACAAUUUCCAAAGGUAUGUCUUUCCGGGAGAGCUGUGCCUAAUGCACAGUAACCACGAUUUUCAUAGUUUUCUCAGUAGAGCACUUUGAGGUUAAGAGAUGCAACCCCGAAAAGAAAAGGUGUUGCAGAAAAUGGAGAAACUCUUAAUCUCAGUACAGAUGAUUUCCACACCCCCUCUACCUUUGUGUGUGAGUGAUUUAUGAAGAUGCACCAAAAUGAGGCACUCACUAGAAAACAGUAGUAGUAGAAUCAAGGAGUGUGUGUAACUUUCGAGUUCAAAGAAUGAACUGUCUACUUUUCUAUCACGAGAACACUGAUUAAAUCCUGAUGCCAAGAUUCUGACGCUGGAGGGCCAAGAUGAACACUCACCAGGAACUCAGCCAGAUGAUUGGAGGGAAAGGCCUUAAGGUCACGGGAGACCUCCGUGU